AUGGCGUGCUGCAUACAAGCUGAUCUGCUACUACACCAGCUGGUCCCAGUACCGGGGGCGGGGGGCGGGGGUGAUGGGAGCUGCUUCCCAGACGCCAUCGACCCCUUCCUCUGUACCCACAUCAUCUACAGCUUUGCCAACAUAAGCAACAAUGCGAUUGACACCUGGGAGUGGAAUGAUGUGACGCUCUAUGACACACUGAACACACUCAAGAACAGUUCUAGAUUUUCCAAAAUAGCCUCCAACACCUGGAGUCGCAGAACUUUCAUCAAGCUGGUGCCACCAAUUCUGCGGACCCAUGGCUUUGAUGGACUGGACCGAGCCUGGCUCUACCCCAGGCGGAGGGACGAGCAGCAUCUCACCUCUCUGGUCAAGGAAAUGGAGGCUGAGUUUGCAAGGGAAGCCCAGGCAGGAGCAGAGCAACUCCUGCUCAGCGCGGCAGUGUCUGCUGGGAAGAUUGCCAUUGACAGAGGCUAUGACAUCGCCCAGAUAUCUCGACACCUGCACUUCAUCAGCCUUCUGACCUACGACUUUCAUGGAGCGUGGUGCCAGACCAUAGCACAUCACAGCCCCCUAUUCCGGGGCCGGGAAGAUACAAGUUCUGACAGAUUCAGCAAUGCUGACUACGCUGUGAGCUGUGUGUUGAGGCUGGGCGCCCAGGCCAAUAAGCUGGUGAUGGGUAUCUCCACUUUUGGGAGGAGCUUCACCCUGGCCUCUUCCAAGACAGAUGUGGGAGCCCCGACCUCAGGGCCAGGAAUACCAGGUCGGUUCACCAAGGAGAAAGGGACCCUCACCUACUAUGAGGUAUGA